AUGGCGACGACAACUGCGGGCUCGUCUGCCCAGGCCUCGUCCUCCUCCCCCGUCCCUACGCCUAUCCUCGCCACCGGCGACUGGACAAAGAACCUCGUCCACCUCGCCAAAACCGCUGAGCUCAAGAAACAUGCAUUGACACUACAACUCCACACUGCACACAUUCUCUCCGCACACGCCGCGCUAGAGCAGAAGAACAAGGCCAUCCAAGACCUUAAGGAGCAAAAGAACAAGCUCGAGAGCGAGCGAUCACGGCUGCUGAAUUGCCUACGUGAGGUCAACGAAGAUCGGGAUAAGGCCGACCUCGCCGAAGCAAGCCUUAGUAAAGAAGUAAAUGACCUCCAAUCGAAGAUCAGGAAUAUCACUGAGGGGGAGUACGCCGUCGCAAAGCAAGAUGUAGAUCGGCUACGGCAAGAGCUCGGCCAGCCGCCACUACCGAGCCUUCAAACAACCCUCGAAGAGAAAUCCGCAGAAUAUCUCAAGGCGCUUCGAUUACAAGCGGAGGCCGCCAACAACGCGACAGGGACGAAGCGCCCGGGUGAUGAGCUCGCCACAGACGGCCAGCCUGUCAAGCGCCCCCGCGGUCGACCAAAGGGCAGCAAGAACUCCAAGCCGAAAGCGAAGCCCGGCGCUGCGCCCGCCCCCGCCGCGCCCAAUCAGUGACCCCAAUACUGCACUGUGCAGGGUCGUCGUGGCGGGGCGCGCAUGCUGGUGGUCCCGCUUUGUCAUGAAUGGGGUUGUUCUGUGGAAUAUAGGCGGCUGAGAGGAUGUUUCAGCAUGAACCAUCGCAUCUUGUAUGUACUACAUGUUACGCUUUUCUUGUGAUCCCGCUACCACUGUAUCAUAAUCAGC